GCCGCUCGGGCGAAUAAACGGCCAAUGUCCGCGUCCUUGCAUAACACGUGCGUUGGCGCGUGCGGCCAACGUAAGGUUUUUAAAAACAAACAGCAACCGAAGAAUCCGUUGAGAGUAAUUUUUUUUUUUUAAAACGAAAUCAAAACAAGCAUACGAAUAACUUAACCGGCGAUUGCACCAUUAAACCCCUCUCACCAAACCACCACCAACGUUGGGUGCGUCAUGUCAACGACGCCAAAUGGUCAAGUCUGGAAGCUGGUCUCCAGCAAAUGAUCUCCCGACAGCUUCCAAUGCUCCUGCCGCUGUUGGCGCCGUUGUUGGUAGCAUCCGCGGACUCUUACUACGGACAGGAGCUCGAUAGGCUCGCAGAUGAUGCGGACGAGGUGAAAGUGGGCUGCGACCUGAAUCCGUGCCAGAACGGGGCGACGUGCGUUGCGGACAAUCGCCGAUUGCUGGGCUUCCGCUGUCUCUGCUCGCCAUCCCACAUCGGCGACUUCUGCCAGGAACACCAGGCUGGCCAUUCCUCGGGGCACGUGAGCUGGAAUGUGCUCGGAUUGGCAAUUUCCAGCGCCGUGCUGCUGAUUGCUCUGCUCGCCUGCAUCGUCUAUCUGCUCGUCAGAGUGAGACACUACUUUAAAGAUCUGCAGAGCACGCUAAAGUCCCUUCAGGAUGCGCUGACAACGAGGUGGAGGAAGCAGCCCGGCCACAAGAUGGACUCGCGACUGCUGCUGCAGCAGAUGGGAUCAAGCCACGGAGGCCACUGCACUGAUUCGGCGGCGUGCGAGAUCAUUCCUCUCGUGCGAAGGGAGCCCCACCAUGAGCUGGCGAGCCACCACCCCCACCACCCGCUGGCCCCGCUCGCCUCCACCACCGCCACGGUGCCAUCCACGUGCGCCCGCGACGCCUCGCAGUGGAGGCGGGCGUCCCCCGAGCCGCGCUGCAGCUUUCACGUGUCGGCCCGGCGCGCCCCGUCAGACGCCGUGGCCACGCUGCACUUCAUCGAAGAUGACGAAGACGACGACAGCAGAUCGUGCGAAACUGACAGCUUCAUCGACCGUGACUCCCGGGGGGGUAGCAGCUGCAGUGCGGAUGGAGAGAUGACCCCCUUGACCUCUCCUGCGAACCAGGCGACGGCCAGGAAAUAGGUGCAAGUGCAUGUUAGGGAUGCGUGACCGGAUUUUGGAUUUUUUCCAAAAAUACCCAAGAAAUUUGGCCUAAAUAUGACAUUUCGAAUGAUCCGGAAUUUUUUGUUUUAAUUUCGGAUUGAUUGUAAACUGCAAGGUAACCGGAAGUGAUGUCACUCCCAUUAUGUAGGUCAUUGUGUGUGGAGGUGUCGUGGUCCAAAUGAGAAUUUACAUUCUCCCUCACUGGGUAAAACCACAGCUGCAUCGCCCCCUACGGGUGAUGCCACAUUUGCUUAAUUUAUGAAAAUAUAACACUCUUCUUUGUUACGGUUGAAUUAUUAGACUGAUGUAACUUUGUGGAAAAAAAGAUAUGAAACUAUAAAAAUGUCAAAUACUUCAAUAAUUACAAUUGGUUCAUAAACAAUGAAUGUGUUAUUACAAUGUAAUACAUUUAAAUAAAUAAAAAAUCUUAAAUUCAGGCCGAACAAUAAAAUAAUCCAAUAUCUCAAACAAAUGUAACCUAUCACUCAUCACUUAUGUGUGUGUGUAUAUAUAUACUUUACUAACAAGCAGGUCGUCCUAUGGACAGGGUGACAAGACACUCGUAUGGCACUCACCUGACCCUGGUCAGACAUUCACCACCAUCCUGACCCUCACCCCUCACCGGUCCUCAACUCACUUGAGCCACACAAUAUAGCGGAAAGCCCUCCCUGCCUCUGCACACUCACGCCACUCCCCAUCAGCACGUACGUUUCUGCUUGUACAAUUUUGUAUGGGGGACGUGAUGUGCCGUGGGUGGGUCGGUGGGUGGUCCGUUGUAAAUGUUCCACAAAGACUUGCAGAUCAAUCAGGACAGCUACGUAAAAAAGAGGACAAUUCUAGUGGGGACAGGGAGGCCCUCCGAGUGAUCUUGGUCGAUAUUUUCUUCAUGCAAAGAUGAUUUGGCUGGAAGAUACAAAAAUGUAUACCGUCCCUAAGCGAACAGGCAAGAGGAGCUGAGAGCAGAAGUGCAAAGUAUCUUCAAGCAUGAGUGCUGGUUGGGUGCUCAUCUGCCCUGGCUACGGUUGCCACUUCUGAGGUAUAAAAGCCCGAACAUACCGUGGGAUGAAAGGUAAUAUUUCACGAUACCGGAAAAGGGGAGAACUGUACGUCAAUUUCUUUAAUGGUGCAUUAUUACACAGCUGUCCCAGUAAGACUUAGAGAUUUCUCAGGACGGCUACCUGCAAAACACCAGGACAAGUUGCAGCAACCCUAAAACCUUGGCUGCCCUGAGCUAAUAGAAACUCCACAUUGACUGGGUUCGGGCCCAGGUACUGCAUAUAUUCCUUGUAAAAAAAUGUAUAAAUAACUGACGUUUACAUUUCCAGCUCCCAGUUUGUGGAAAUGUCUCUGUCCUCAUCUCUGCUGUUGGGCGAGAGGUGAAUUCCACAUUGUUAAGGCAGGUUCCGAUGGUCCGAACACAAAGUGAAAAACAAAUGUGUGAAUAAAUUUCGAUUUAAAGCUUU